AGCACUUUGAGCAACAACCGGGAAAAACACAUACAAAAAUGGCAUCCAAAACACAAACCCUAGCCCUAACUCUGUCCCUCUUGAUCCUCCUUUCUUCAUGCAAGUCCUCCCAAGCCGCCGGAAUUGCGAUCUAUUGGGGCCAAAAUGGCAACGAAGGAACCCUAGCAGAUGCUUGCAACUCAGGCAACUACCAGUUUGUUAACAUAGCUUUCCUCACUACUUUCGGAAACAACCAAACCCCUGUCCUAAACCUCGCCGGCCACUGCGACCCCGCUAGUGGUACUUGCACGGGGCUGAGUGCCGACAUCAAAACCUGCCAAUCACAAAACAUAAAAGUCCUCCUCUCGAUUGGAGGGGCCUCUGGAAGUUACUCUCUCACUUCAGCUGAUGAUGCAAGGCAAGUUGCUGAUUACAUCUGGAACAACUUCUUAGGUGGUCAGUCAGCUUCGCGCCCGCUUGGGGACGCGGUUUUGGACGGCGUUGAUUUCGACAUUGAGGCGGGUGGUGCGCAGUUCUAUGAUGAGCUCGCCAGGUCACUCAACGGACACAACGGACAGGCAAAAACGGUCUAUUUAGCCGCAGCUCCACAAUGUCCGAUCCCGGAUGCUCACCUAGACGGCGCUAUCCAAACCGGUUUAUUUGACUACGUUUGGGUUCAGUUCUACAACAACCCCCAAUGCCAGUAUGCAGACGGUAAUGCCGACGCUCUUUUGAACAGUUGGAAGCAAUGGGCAUCGGUUCCGGCCACCCAGGUGUUCAUGGGGUUACCGGCAGCUCCUGAGGCCGCUCCGAGCGGCGGUUUUAUUCCUGCUGACGCUCUCAAGUCACAAGUUCUUCCAACUAUUAAGAAUUCGGCCAAGUAUGGAGGAGUUAUGCUUUGGAGCAGGCAGUAUGACAACGGUUAUAGUGCAUCCAUUAAGGACAGCAUAAAUUAACUUCUCUGCCUCAAUGGAUGCUGCUACUUAUAAUAAAGUGUGUUAGGGAUGAUGACGCAUCAUGCCUUACCUUUUGAAUAAAACAUGCAUAUGUAUUUUUGGAGA